AUGCACGCCUCGAACAGCGAUUUCGGGAUACGACGCACGGGUAUUAUUUGCAGCAAAACGGUAAUUUUUUGAUUCAUUUUACCGUAUCUCAAAAGUUCACUACAGUAACCCAAAACUGGCUGAAAUUGCGUUUGCUAUCGAUUGGUGUACAGCUUUCCUAGAGAAGGCGAAGAUUUUCUUAGAUGCGCAGGUAGUUCAAUACCGUAACCCAGAGUACCGUAAUUCGGCUAGGGUAACAGGAAAUGGCUAAAAUGUUUUCUCUGUAGUACUGAAAUCAUAUGCGUUUUUGAAAUAAUCUUAUUUUCUGGAAAAAAAAAUGCCCAAAUCAUCAAAUUUUGAGAGACUCUAAUUUCUCUGCCCCCUCUCGUUUUGAAGUGCUCUUUUCAUGUUUCUAUGACCUUUUCGAUGAGGGAGAAGAGGGCGCAGACAGGUCAGAAGGAGGUUUUUUAUUGAUGAAAAUACCGAGCUUGGACCUCGGUGACGCGUUCCGGACGUUCCUGAGCAAUUCUAGGGAUCACUUAAGAGUGUUGACGCUACUAAAGUGGUCACUAGAAAGGCCAAGGCGCGUCCUCGGUAACGCGAACGGGAUCUGACGUGUCGGGGAAUUUCUAGGGACCACUUUAGUAGCCGCAGCGCUCUUAAGGGAUCCCUAGAAUGGCUCAGGAACGUUCGGAGCGCGUCCGUUUUGCGUUACCAAUGACACUUUUCAAGCUGUGUCCAUGGGGCGCAAAUGCUUUUUCUGAAAUGAAAAGUUCUAAGACCAAUUUAUGGAAUUUUAAGCUUCCUUUGCCAGGAUUUUCAUUUACUAUGAUAUUUUAUCGGCCAAACGCCCACAAACGAAGGGGAAAGAAACUUGGAGAGAGAAAAAGGGGCUAAUCCAUGAUAAACGCCAACGUCAAUCCGCCCCGUUUUGUAUUGAAUAUUCGAUGUGUGGGGACGUUUUCCUUUCCCCUUUCCUGCCUGCCAAAAAAGUUGAGAAGCUCCUCUUCUUAGUUUUGAUUUCAUAUGCAGGGAUGUUGCUAGGCAGGGAUAUGGCGAUUCUCGAGAGGAUUUUCGUGUAGUUUUAACGGAGAGCAAGCUUUUCGGAUAGCCAAAGUUUAGGGUGAUAAGAAAAGUUUUUUUUCAGUUUUUAACGUAAAGUUUGGAAUUUUAAUGUUUUUUUUCUCAAAUUUUGAACACUGGGGUUAGGAAUUUUAGAGUGGUCUCUAUAGAAGUCAGGCACAAAAAUUGCCCCUAUAGGGACCGAAGAAGUAUUCGCUAUAGGGAUAAAAUCAAGGUGGUCCCUAUAGGGGUUUGGGUAAAAUAUGGUUGGCCAACUUCUCAUUUUACACGCAGAAUCUGAAUUUCAUGUUGAAAACGCGGAAAAAAUUCAUUGAAGCAAAAUAUUUUUUGAAAAAGCUACUUUUCGAGUGACAACCACAUGAUUUUCUUAUUAAAUUUGUUGCAAACAUUGCUUAUUGAAGUUUUAAAAAGAGAAAUUUAAAAAAAGUUGAUAAUGAAGAAUUUGUGCUGUAAACUAUGUUUGAACGGUUGGCAGUUUUUUUCAGUUGCUCAUAUAAAGAAGAUAUAUUAUGUUUAAAAAAAUAAAUCAAGUUUAUCAAAAUAAAAAUUAUAAAAUAAAUUCCAUCAAAACUCGUGAACUUUAGAGUAAGAAAAGCAAUGAAAAAAACACCCAAAACACUUUUUUAUGAAACUCCAGUUCUGUUCCAAACUUUGAUUGAAAACUAUUGGUCAAAGUGAAAAAUUCGCUGGAAGUCAUAACUUGCAAAAACAAGGCUUGGCUGCGUUUGGAUAAAUUAGAAAACUUUCGAAAAAAAAAAUUGAAAAAAUUGAAAAGCGUAUGCAGUUUUACGAGGGAGUGCAUGCGGGAAAAACAAUUUUGCGCGUCGCAACGUCUUUUCUAAUUGCAGAAAAUAAAUCUUCAGAUUUUUUUUUGGGCGCAAGGAUUUAUUUUUAGACUUUAUUGAACCUUCGGAGGUCAAGAGCCAUUUUGCAGGGUGAAACUCUGGGAACGAUCGAGGAAGAGAGCCAGCCCAGCUCGAUGAGGGAAAGCAUGCGCCACGGGGAAAGUGUCGAGACGACGCCGAAGAAGUCGGCGACUUUCCACAACGUCCUCGACCUCAGACGUUCAGGUUUUCCUCCAUUUUCAAGCUUUUUUGAGACGUAGUCUUUUGGUAUAGCUGAUGUAACCAAUCCGUUUUCCCCUACCUAUCACGUAAAAACUGGGAAAGUUUCUUAUCAUCCAUGAUCGUUAGCGAAAAAUGAAAAAAAUUAAAGUUUGUUGGCUACUCGCCAAAAUUUGAGUUGAAGGUGCAUAAUUGCGUCGCGGUGUAUUGCGGCCAACACAACUGACCGCACAGAGCUAGGAAACACCCUGAUUUACCGAAAAUGUGCAAAGCGGACGCGAUGCGUUUUUCUCGCCAAUUCAAAAAGUAUAGCAUUAUCGGAAUUAUUGGUGAAAAUUUUUUGAGUUGUACAACAAAAAUGGUCAUUUUCAAGAGGUAGGUUUUUUAAGUUGAACAUUUUUUUUAUCAGGAAACUUCAAAAACCUUAAAAAACUCGCCAAGUUUGAAUUGGCGCCAAAAGUUUGCAAAGUUCUUGAGAAAGAUUUUUUUUCACAGGGAAUUUUUGGAGUGACCCCCGAUAGGGAUUACGAAAAAAAAACAGCUCUAUAGGGGCCGAAAAAGUGGUCCUCAUAGGGGUUUAGGAUCUGGCCCCGUAGCCCCUAAAGCGGUCCCUAUAGGGAUUUUCAACUUUUUCAAAAAACGCCUAUUUAUUUAGUUUUCAGCAUGGAAGUGCUUCUUCCAUAGUGUUCAUAAAAAUUGUCCACUAGCAUUUCCCCUAUAGGGACCACUUUUGCAAGCUUAAGGGACCCCUAUAGGGGUUGGUAAAGUGGUCCCUAGAGGGGACGCUCCAAGGGCCCCUAAGGUCGCCCUAUAGGGACCACUCUGGAUUUCCUAAGCUCUUUUAUACAAGAAUUUCGAUUCAACUAACAGUUGAGAUUUUAUUUUUUUCAGAUUUUUUUCCAAAUUUGCCUAAAAAAAUUUUUCCGUCCAAUUUAUUAGAAAAAAAUAAUAUUUUUUUCUACUUUUUUUAAAUCCCCCAAUGAGAAUAGACCAUCACUGUUCACUUUAGAUUUUUCUCAGCCCUAUCUUUUUCAAAAAAAAAGUCCAAGAAAAUCAAAUAUUUUUCCCAGAGCCACUCGGCCAUUGUUUUCGUGGAUCUCACUCAUUAUCCAACUACUCAAUCCGGAAAUCUCGACGCCUGAAAGUUUUGUUGUCCCGAUGAAGCUGCUUCUGGACGAAAUAAUAUUUUUUUAUCCGUGGCUCGAGAAAAAGUAAAGGAGGAGGUGUCCAAAACAACAAACAAGGAGGCAAAUAUACUUUUUUUUUCGCGCAAAACCAGCGCGCGCGCCCAAAUUUGUGUUGGUAGAGAGAUUCGUAUCGUUGCUCUUGAGGCUUUUUUUUCUUUUUCUUCGAAUUUCUAGUCAAUUUCGCUUUUAAUCAUAGUAUCUGAGCCAUCUAAAAAAACCUCAAAAAGAAGAUUUUUUUCUUCAAAUAGAGAAAAAAAGGUGCGAAAAAAAGUCUCUGUUCUGAAUUUUUCCAGGAAAAAAAUUCUUUGGCUUUUCAGUCAUUUCUUUUUCUUUGUAACCUCACUUUUUUUGGAUCAAGAUUUUUCUGCUCUUGAGGUUUUUCCUUUUUUUGUUCAAAAAUUCUCCUUCUUUUUCGUUUUUUUGAUUAUGGAAUAAAUGUAAGAGGCAUUUUUCUAGAUCUUUCUAAAAAGCCUCAAAACGAAGAAACUUUUUUUAAAUAGGCUAAAAAAAGGUACCAAAAAGUCUGUUUUUCUUUACAAGAAAAAAAUUCUUUUUGGCUUUUUCCGUCACUUCUUUUUCUUUAUAAUCCUACAUUUUUUUGAAUGGAGAUUUUUUUGAGAAUUAUUUUUUUCAUAAGGUUUUUUUCCUCUUUUUCUCAAAGUUAGAGCCACGGUUUUUUUAUUUAUUCUCGCUCUUUUUGCUUUUUAAGUAUAGGAUAAACCAAAAAGUCAUUUCUAAGCCUUUUAAAAACCUCAAAAAAGAAGAAAGCUUCCUUCAAAUAGACUAAAAGAAGGUGUGAAAAAGUCUCUGUGCUGACCUUUCCAGAAAAAAAGAACUUUUUUUAGCUUCUCAGUCAUUUUUUUGUCUUUGUAAUCUCACUUCUCUAUAUCAAAAAUUUUUUCUGCUUUGAGGUUUUUUUCCUUUUGUUCAAUUUGCUUCUGAUCAUAAGAAACUCUAAAAGGGCCCUUUUAGCAAAACUCAAAAAAAAAAUAGAUUUUUUCAAAUAGGCUGAAAGAAAGUACGAAAAAAAGUAUUUUCAUUUUUUUGGUCCUUGUCUUUUAAAGCUCACUUUCUUUGGACGGAAGCUUUUUUUUUCUUUGACUUUUCAUAAUUUUUCUCAUUUUUCCUUAAUCACUAUGAGUCAUAUGACAUUAUUAAGCGUUUCGAAAAGAAAAAAAGUAGGGCAUUUGGCUAAAAAUUUAGAUUUUAUGGACCUUUCUUCAUUGCUAGCUUGUUUCAACGAUAUUGUAGUGGAAAAAUCCUUUUUUUUUUAUGAAUAAAAACUCAUUUCUCACUGAAGAAGACAACAAAAAUUGGCCCAAGAAAGCCCGAGAAAUUUAAUUCGAGUCUUUGUUUUCCGUUGGUAGGAAGAAAAAUUUCGCUAAUGAGUUUGUUAGCCUCCUUGUCGAUUUCUGCUUUGUUUUCCUCGGAAAUAAAGUGGUGCUGGUCAUUUUUUGGAGGAGAACAACGGGUUGUUUAUUUACCAACCACCCCCGUUUUCUUAGUCAAAUAAAUAAAGCUGGAGAUUUUUUUUACUAACUUGGGAACUUCUGAGUGGUCCCUAUAGGGGGAGCCUUAGGUUCCCACUUUAAGAACCCCUACAGUGGCCACUAAAGCUUGCAAAAGGGGUCUCUAUAGAGGUUUUAGUGAGAGGCCCCUAUAGGGAUUAUUUCUAUGAACUCUAUGUGAAGAAACAUUUCAGUGCGAAAAACUGAAUAAAUAAGCGUUGAAUAGAAUUGAAGGACCCCUAUAGAGACCACUUAAGCUUUAGGGGCUAAGUGGUCAGAUUCUAAACCCCUAUAGGGAUCACUUUUUGUCCCUCAUGUGGGCUCUUUUUCUCUCUUACCCCUAUAGGGAGUACUUAAGCUUUAGGGGCUAAGCGGUCAGACCCUAAACCCCUAAAGGGACCACCUUGAUUUUACCCCUAUAGGGACCUCUUUUUCGGCCCCUACAGGGGCUGUUUUCCACCUUUCUCCCUAGAGUUACGAACGAUUUUUCAUGUUUUCUGAAAUUUUUCGUCCUUCCAAUAUAGUCUCCGGAAAAAAAAAACUAUUUUUCUGUCACAUAAAAGCUUCAAGCUCCAUAAAGCCAAAAAAGGCGAAUCUUGGCAUUUCUUGUCAAAAUCCCAAUGGACGAAUUCGUUAAAAAUGCCCACCUUGGAGGAGCUUCUAAGAAAAAAACUUCAAUUCAUCUUUUUUCCCUUUUCUUCUCGUUUUUUGACUUUUCGUUUGUAAAUUUUCUUUUUCAGGGGCCCGCCAAUUAUCGGCUGAUCACGAGUAUCAGGUGAGUCAUGAGGAAAAAUAAUUCAUUUUGAUGUGGGAUUCUUAUAAAAACUUAAUGAAGGCUAUAAAUGUCUUUAAUGAUUUUUCAUUCGAAGUCUCAAAUAACAAAAAAAGUAUUUCCAAGGAAUAAGAGAAUUUUUCUAGAACGUAAAUGCUCAUAAUGACUCGCAGAAAACAUUUUUCUAAGAAAUAAGAUCAUUUUUUUCUGAUUUUUUUAAAGGUCUCAAAAUGACCUAAAUGACCUUAAGGACAAUAAAUUUACUAAUUUAAGGGUAUCGAUUUUUUUCAAAAAUAAAACAGUUUUUUUCAAACUUAAUGGGAGUCCUAAAUGUGCGGAAAAGGCUAAACCCACUAGGUUUAUUUAAUUUCUUUAAUUAAAUUCUCUGAUUAAGAUCACUUUCAAAAAAAAAGACGCCAAAAAUUUAGUAGCCAGAAAAAUAAUUGUUUCAGAAUUUGACGCGGCUACACUCGCAGCCGUCGACGUCGUCCGGUCAAAGGAAGAGAUCAAUUUUUACGGAGGUGAAAUUUCGAAACCAUUCCUUCUUUUUAUAGUUGUUUCGGGCUUUUCCAAAACGAAGAAUAAAAAAAAAAUAACGCUGCCAAAGUCGAAAGUGACUGCAAAAUGGCCGCUAAAAAGGUUCCGUUUUGCCUUUAUUGAACCUUUCUUUCUUGGAGGAGGGCUAAAAAGCCUCAAAACAGGGUGAAAAAAGGGUGAGGAAAGUCUUGGCCAUUGAUUGCCAUCAAUAUUUCUAGGUGUUUUAGAAUUAUGACCUGAAAUUUGGGAAAAAGGGGGAGGAUUUUUUUCAAAAAAAUUACAGAAGGGGGGUUCGGUCAAAAGUUACAGAGGGAAUUGCUCAAAAAUUACCAAUAUUUAAAGUGAAGUUGCUCAAAAAUUAGAUUUGUCUAUGCCAUCAAGAAGGAAAGGGUCAAUAAAGGCCUCAAAACGGAACCCUUUUAUCGGCCAUUUUGCACCCUUUUCCCACUCUGGCAGUGCAUGCAAAUUGUUUUUUCCGCAAAAAAAUCUUUUUUUCUUAGCUUCUUAGCUCGACUUGCAAUAAUACUUGGCUAAAAGUACUUCCCCUAAAAUUAUAAAAAUCCAAUUUUUGCAACUUCUAACAGAACUUCCUCACCUAUUCUCCCAUCCAGAACGAAAAAAGCGGCUUUUCUUCCUCAUAUUACUAUUUCGCGUAGGCCUUCCCAAAACAAUGGUCACUCUUGCGUGGGGCGGAAGUUCCGCUGGUUCGUUUUUUUCCUCCCAUUUUUUAUUUUCCCUCCCGCUCUCGUCUCAAAAUUAUGUGUGCAGAAAUAUCCGCGCUGCUCGUGAAAAUUGGCUUGGCCAACAGAUUUUAUAUAUAUAUUUUUCUCGUCCUGACAAGAGUAGUUAUUUUUCCUCCUCGAGUUAAUUGUCGGCUUGAAGCUGGAUAAAAUAUAUAUAUUUCGUGAAUUUUUUUCUUCUCGAUUAUAAGGUGGCAAGGGAUACGUAGAGGUGUUGUGAAACUUUUUCGAGAUUUUUCGGGCCUUUUUGGAAAUUUUUUAUAAUUUUUGAAAUUUGUUGUUAGUGUUAAAUCAGUGUUUAGGUUGGCAAAAGUGUGGCAAAAAAAUUUUUAAGAGCCUAAAAUUUUAACAAAAAGCGCUUUGAUUCAUGAAAAUUGAGAAUUUAUCAAUGGAGCGAAAAAGGUUUGGAAAAAAUCGCCGUCUUUCUUUUUUUGAUGAAAAUUCAAAAAACUUCUAAUUUAUCCGCUUUUUGAUACAGUGUUCAGACUUUUUGACUGAGUCCUGGGUCAAAAUUACCCAUGGAGCGCAACAAACUGCAAAAAUAGCUUCUAAAUUUUUCGAUUUUUUUGAGAAAAAAAUUCUUUUUGAUAGAUCUCAGAAUGUUUUUUUGAGCUUUUGAGGAAUGAAAAACGCUGUGGUCGCAUUUAGAAUGGCUCAAAGCGUCGCGGCUUGCUGUAGAGGAAAAAUAAUCGUGGCUUUCAUAACUUGAUCCAUUCCAAAUGCGACCUUCUUGCAAAAAAAAAAAAACCAAUUUUUGCUUCCAAAUCAAAGUCCAGACGGUGGAAGGCGGAAUCUCUGCCCUCAUCAUUGCAAAAAGCGCGUAUGCCCUUGAUUGAGCCCUCCAAAUUAGCAUUGCCAAUUGAGCUUCUGCUCCUCUUUUUCCUCCCCCAAAAGCCCCAACUCCAUUGCAAUCGUCGGAUCAAAUGUCUAUUUUUCGUUCGUCUGGGCCCUUUUUUUUUCGAAUUAUCGAUUUAACAAUUAUUUCCGGAGAAAGAUGCUGUAAAUUCCAUGUUUACGACAGAUUUUGUCGAUUUUUGAAUGAUUCUAAUAGGAAUUUCAACAAAAAAUGUGUUCUUCUUGAGAUUUUUUCUUUUUUUUUUGUUGAAAUAUUGUUUUGACCAGACAGAAACGCUGUAAAUUUUAUUUCCACGACAGAUUUUCAUCGAUUUUUGGAUGAUUCUAACAGAAAUUUGAACGAAAUUCAUUCCCUUGGGCCAUUUUUUUGAGAUCAAUUUUUGUCUGGGUUCUAUUCUUUUUUUUGUUUGAUCUACAACUUAUUUAACAUUUUUCGCAGACGAGAUGUUGUAAAUUUCGAAUUCGCGACAGAUUUCUUUCAUUUUUUGAGUGGUUUUACAGAAAAUUCGUUUCUUGUGCUGGUUAUUUUUUUUGGAUUAAUUGUCCUUUUUUUGUUUUAGGGCUUUUUUUUGAACUUUUUUUGAAUGGAAUGUCUCAAAUUUUACUCUGUGAUAUGUUUUUCAGUUUUGAAAUGAUCAAAUUGGGGUUUUUUUAACCAAAAAUUAGUUGCUUUGAGAAUUUUUUCCUGAUUUUCUGGGCUUCGAAAUGAGCUUUUUAGUUGUUUCAAUUCCUCAGAAAAAAAUGUGUUGGUUAAUAUUUUUUUCAAUUUUUGAACUUUUUUUGAGGAGUUUUUUUCAGAAAUUUUUUUACUUCAAAAAAAUAAGAAAAAGGAAGUCUAUAAAUCAUUGAAUAGAUGUAACAAAAGUUUCACUUCAAAAAAAUUUUUUCUGAAAAAAAUUCUUAAUAAAUUUUUUAUCCGUAGCGCGCAUUUUUGUUAAAAAAAUAAAUGCCCUUCUUUAAUGUUUUUUUCGUCAUUUUGUCAUACCAAUGAAAUAAGAUGGAAGGCAGCAUUUCAAGUUCGGCUAAACUUUUUGUUUUUGCAAUUGGCCUUCUUUUUUGCCUUCCCGCCGGAACGUCCAUCAGUCGUGUAGUCAGCCAAAACAACCAGCAAAAAAAAAGAAUUCUUCAGCUUUUUUUUUCUCUCUCAUCCCCCAGCUUUUUAGAUAAUUGAGUGGCGGAUUUCGUGGUGCCAAAAUAUUUAUCGUUUGAAAUUCAUUUUCCUCAUCGAUAAGUGGGUUUUUAAAACAUUGAUUUUGUUGUAGAAAAUCGCUUUUUUUUUUUCGGAUUUGAAAGUGGUUUAGUGGAGUGUCGUUCGAAGAAAUUCUCUUUUUUCUCAACUUUUUGCAGAUUUUUAACACUCAUUUAUUCAUUUAUUGGUGGAUUUCAAAAUGUUUUGAACCUGAAGAUACGAUUUUUUUCAAACUUUCACAAAGGCUAAAGAUAUACACCACUGAAAAAUGAUCAAUUUAUAAGCUUAUAAUAGCCAUUUUUCGAAAAAAUUUGACCUCUACCGCUUUAAAAUCAAACUAUUUUCAAUAUAAUCGUGGUCUACAUUUUUAAUUCUAUUAUCAAAUUUAAUCAUUUAAACAGGAAUAAAUCAUUUUUCGAGGAUUGUCACCUAAAAAAAUCAAGAAAAAGCUCCCGGUGAGAGAAAGGAGAGCGCAGACAGGCCGGAGAGUUUGAAGAAUGGAUUACUUAGGAAGUCCAGGGGGUUUAGUGGGAAAAUCAGACCUUAUAGGGGCCGAAAAAGGGAUCCCUGUAGGGAUUUAAAGUUUGACCCUUUAGCCCCUAAAGCUUAAGUGUUUUCUAUAGGGGUCUUUCAUCUUUAUUCAAAAACGCUCGUUUUUUUUCAUCUUUCUCAUGGAAAUGCUUCUUCACCUAGAGUUCAUAAAAAUUAUUGAUCAGAAGCUCUCCUAUAGGGACCACUUUUGCAAGCUUUAGUGGUCCCUAUAGCGGCUGGUAAAAUGGUCCCUAUAGGGUACCCUCCAAGGGCCCUUAAGGUUGCCCCUAUAGGGACCGCUCUGGGGUUCCUAAGUCCUUUAAAGUGUUGAACUUCAAGAAGAAAUAUUAAUUUUUCUCACUGUUAUUUCGAGAAAUGCACACUUCCUUGCAUAGAGAGUACACGUGAACUCGAAAUGAGACGGAAAUUUUUCAUCCAAAAACUCAUUUUUCGAAUCUUCCCACGCGCCUUUAAACACGCCGGUCUUUUGUCUCUUUUCUGGCGCCUUUUCGAAUUUCUAUUCAAACCACAAACAAAGAGGGAAAACCUCCUUUUUCCCUCCGACAAGACGAGGAAAAAGCCUUUGAACUUUGACGAAAAAUCUCGUUAAUACCCCCUUUCUCGGUCGCGUCUUUCUUAUACUUUUUGUUUUGGCCAACAACAAGGUUUUCUUUUUUCUAGUUGAAUUUGAUUGGAUUUGCAGGAUUUUUGACGGUUUUUAGGUUAAAAGUUGUGAUGGAAAUCCAUUUUUUGUGACCUCUGUGUACAAUUUUUCCACUAGAAUUUCUUCAUUUUUCGUGGUCAAUUUUUUUCCCAUUGAGUUUAGUCCUUUGGAGUAAGAUUCAUACGAAAUAAGAAUAUUUUUCUGAGCGACAUUAUAUUUUUCGAACUUUUUAAAAAUAUUUUUUGAAGCCGCUUUUUUUGGGUUUCAUUAGAUUUUUUGACUUUUUUUUUGAUCAAAGUACAUUUUUUGCGCAUCAUUUUGUAGUUUAAUUUGCAAAUAUUUUUGUUUUUUGUUCAGCUCUUCGAUUUGGAAGUUGAUUUUUUUGAUUCGAUUUGGAGGAUUUUUUUUUUUUAAAGGUUAAAAAUUUUGUCAAUUUAUUACUAAAUCAUAAAAUUUUUUAAUUUAUCAGAAGUUUAAGAAGUUUAUGUUGAAAAUCACUUCAUUGAUUUUUUUAUUUUCUGUGCAAAAUCUAGCCAGAUCCAGGUUCGAUAAAAGCUCUUUUUGGUAUUUAAAGGAGCAUGGCCGAACUUUAUAAAAAGUAUCAAAGCGAAGAGCCAUUUCUAGUCUUUUUCUUUUUUUUUUCUGUUUGUUGAACGAAAUAUGAGCUUUCUGUAAUUGUUGAAAAUACAUUCAUUUUGAACUUGAAAUCUUGCAGAUGGGUGAGCGGAUACGGCUCUUUUCAACGGCUUCUUUCGUUUCUCCGGCCUCGCCGUCCGCGUCUCAUCUGCCCAAGGCUCAAUCGCUCAACAGUUUCGACGAUACUGGUAAUUUUUCCUAUUCUAAAAAUUAGUCGCUAGAUGCCAACGCGAUAGAGAAGAGAUAAGAAACUCUGAAGAGACGCCAGAGACGUUAGGGUUCUCUCGUUGUCUGGCGUCUCUUCAGGCUGCCUCUGAUCUCUCACUUUUUUCAUCAGAUGAAUACAGUUGAUACAAAUCAACGCAAGAGAGAGAGAUAAGCAAUUUAUGAAGAGACGCCAGAGAAGUUAGAGUGCUCUCGUUGUCUGGCGCCUCUUCAGGAUUUCUCUGGUCUCUAACUUUUUUCAUCAAAUAAAUAUAGUUAGUACGAACCAACGCAAGUAAAGGUUCCAAGCGUGAAAUAAGUAGAGAUAACUAAUUUAUGGAGAGGUCAGAGAAGUUAGAGCACUUUUGUUGUCCGCGUCUCUUCUGGCCGCCUCUGAUCUCUCAUUUUUUUCAUCAGAUGAAUACAGUUGAUACAAAUCAACGCAAGGAAGAGAGAUAAGCAAUUUAUGAAGAGACGCCAGAGAAGUUAGAGUGCUCUCUUUGUCUGGCGUCUCUUCAGGAUUUCUCUCGUCUCUAACUUUUUUCAUCAAAUAAAUAUAGUUAGUACGAACCAACGCAAGUAAAAAGGUUCCAAGCGUGAAAUAAGUAGAGAUAACUAAUUUAUGGAGAGGUCAGAGGAGUUAGAGCACUUUUGUUGUCUGCGUCUCUUCAGGCUGUCUCUGAUCUCUCACAGGUCAUUUUUAGCAUCAGGUGAAAAUAUUCGGUACAAACCGAAGCAAGUAAGAAGGUUCCAAUCGUGAAAUAAGUAGAGAUAGUCAAUUUAUGAAGAGACACCAGAGAAGUUAGGCCGCUCUUGUUGUCUGGGGUCUCUUCAGGCUGUCUAUGAUCUCUCACUUUUUUCAUCAGAUGAAUAUGUUAGUACAAAUCAACGCAAGUAGAAAGGUUCAAAGCGCAGAAGAAAGAGAGAUAAGCAAUUUAUGAAGAGACGCCAGAGAAGUUAGGACGCUCUCGUUGUCUGGCGUCUCUUCAGGCCGCCUCUGAUCUCUCACUUUUUUCUUCAGAUGAAUAUAGCUAGUACAAACCAACGAAAGUAAGAUGCUUCAAAACGCAAAAUAAGAAGAGAUAAGCAAUUUAUGAAGAGACGCCAGAGAAGUUAGGGCGCUCUCGUUGUCUGGCGUCUCUUCAGGCUGUCUCUGAUCUCUCAUAUCUCUCCUUUUCAGUGUUUCGAACCUAUUCCGUAGUUUUAUUGGGAAAUCCUCGGGAAGAAAAAUUGGGAGAAAUGACCUAAAAAAGUCGUACCGAUUCAAAAACGAUCAUCCAAAAUUUGGCGAAAAAUGCACCUUUGAACUAAAUUUUCUCGAUCAGUUUUAUAUAGAUCUGACAAAUCCACACGUUAAGCUUUCAUUGUGAUUGCGCGCAAUGUUGAAAAAAAUUUUUUUCGAUGUUUCAACUUCGAAAAUCCCCAUUUCCUGCACCCUCUGAAGUCAUCGAACAUUGAAAUUUCAAAAAGUCCUCCGUACUUUCAAUGCACCUUUCCCCGAAUGUACUCAAACAAUGCCCUGGAAACCUAACACAAUUAAAAUAAGUUCCACGACACGCCGACGCAAAAGUGCACCGAAAGGUGUCGUCUCGUGGAACACAUAUAGUGCAACCAGAGGACUUGGCCGGUCCAAUUUCCGCCUUCUUUCUGCCCUUUUUCUUCCCAUCUCGUAUUAAUUAUUUCUUUUCUGGCUCGUUGGAGGUUUUUCUUUUUUCUAUGUCAGAAUAGAGCAGCUUUUCUUUUUAUCAUACUAACUUUUAGAGAUUUUUUCAGAGAUUUGAAAUAUUCUGAGAUAUUUAUGAUGAAUCUUUUCAGAUACUUGAGAUUUUUGAAAGUUUGGACCUCAAUCUUUUGCAAAUUAAAAAAUCUUCGAAUUUUUCGGAAUAAUAGGUACUGGGACGAUCAGAGAGAUAGUGUGUGAAAAUCGGAGGGUUCAAAGUUGAGACAAAAAUGAUUUAAAUAUCCUCAGUGGUGGCUUUAGUAUCCUUGAACUUGUAUCAGGAUCUGAUCGUGUUGGGAAUAGGGAAACGCGAAACUCGUUUUAGGUCGGUUGCACUUUAACAGCAGGCGUUAGUCUUUGAGCCAUUCCCAAUGCUGCCAAAAUUUUUUUUUCCACUUAGGACCGAUUCUCAUGCCGUGUUCGAAAAAAGUUCUGCAAAAGUAUCUCUGACUCUCCAAAAUUUAGUUGUCUUUCUCACUCUCUGACGGCUUUUUUGAGUUUCGCAGGAUCACUUUGAAAGCGGCAUUACUAGCUUUGGAACCUUAAGGGCCCUUGAAUGGUUCCCUCUAGGGACCACUUUACCUGCUCCUACAUGGGUCACUAACGCUUGCAAAAGGGGUCCCUAUAGGGGACAUAGUCGAUUAUUUAUAUGAAAUUUAUGUGAACAAGCAUUUCCAUGCGGAAAACUGAAUAAUUAAGCGUUUUGAAUGAAAUUGAAAGACCCCUAUAGGGACCACUUGAGCUUUAGUGCCCAAGGGAUCGGAACCUAAACCCCUAUAGGGACCCCUUUUUGGCCCCAAUAAAGGCUGUUUUCCUCCUAACCCCUAUAGGGAUCACUCUAAAUUCCCUAAGAAAGAGAAAAAGUCAAUUUCAAAGUGAGGAAAAGCACAAUAACGGCUGACCACCGGAAAAAAAAGGAGCGGAAAUGGGAUUAGGACCAGGAGGGAACGGCCGAAAGAAGCCGUUCCCCCCGCUUUUUUUUCACUUCAACUCCUUUUUUAUGUUUUCUGCCCCUGGCGGAAGUUUCUUUUUUCUUCCCUUCUUGGGAACUUUCCCUUUCAUGAGCUUCUCACUUUUUUGACGUAUUAUCUUGAAUUCAUCCUUUCUCGAGUUGUUAGAGAUAAUGGGAAGUCGGGAGUGUGCGUGACAUGCAGAGAGUGCGUUGAAAGUGGAGGGUGUCAGACAAUAUGUUUUUGUGAUUUUUCAGUGAGUCCAAAAAAGGCCUUUAUCAGUAGAGCGCACAAAAUGGGAAAUAAUAGCCACUUCAAGCCAUUCAUCAUCUUUUCUAAAUUUCAUUUUCUGCUUCUUUCUUUUCCGAGCCUUCUAGAAAAAAUUAAGAGGCUUUUGCACCUUUUAUGGGCCCUUACAAGCCUUUUUAUGCUUGAGAAAACUUCGAGAACGAUAAAAAUUGAUCGAUUUUCAGCGGCUUUCGUGCCGGCACGGUGCCCGUCGCGGAAAAGCCGCCGUUCAAGUCGCCGGCCCAUCGGAUCCCUGGCCAGUCUUCACAGUCAAGGUAUUUUGCUUUAUUCGGGCUCCUUUUUCGAAGCUUGAAGCUACCUUUUUGGUUUCUUUUUCCGGUAUUAAUACCAGUUUCACUGAGAAAAACGCUAGAUUUUCCACGAUUUUUGAAGGUUUUAGAAAGUUUUUAAAAACAUUUUUGCACAGAUGGGAAGUUUCUUUUAGCGUUAACAAGAAAAAUAGUUUAUUUCAAAGUUCAUAAAAGUUAUACUAAGAGAAAAUGUGGAUUUUUUCGAUCAUAUAGAUCCAAAAUAGUUGAGAAAAAAUAGCCGCGAUUUUUUCCGGCUUGUGCGCUUUAUAGCGAACUUUCUUCACAGCUCUAAACGGCUCUGGUUUCUCUUCUCGAACUUUAUAAAUUGUUUGCACAGGAAAAAGCUGGACAUUCAGCAAUCAUAUAAAGCCGAGAAAAGUGUGAAAAAAUUGCCGUGAUAUUUUCCGACUUGUGCGCUCUAUUGCGAAUUUUUCGAGAUGUUUUUUAGAGCUAAUAACGGCUUUGGUAUUCUUUUCUGACUUUAAAAGUUUUACUCAAGAAAAAUCUGGGUUCAUAGUGGUAAUAUAGAGCCAAAAAAGCUGAGAAAAAAUAGCCGUCGCAAUUUCCGACAUAUGGGCUCUAUUGCGAAUUUUAAAAUGCUGUAAGUUUCAUAUUUAUAUAAUUUGGGGUCUAGAAAAAGGCUGAAUUUUAUUGUGUCGGUUUUUUUUUUCAUAAGACUUCCGAAAUUGCUAGCCUUGUCCAUAGAGCAAGUUUAAGGUUUAAUAAAUCGCCAAUGUUUCCCAACGUUAUUUGGAAUGCUUUUUGAAACUUUCGAUCGUUUCUCCAGAUUUUAUUCGAUCAUGGGAAUUUUGAAAGUUUAUUGGUCACGAGAAACGUGGGCGGAUUGUGCUAUAAAAAGGCUUGAACAGAAGUUUCUUUCAUUUUUUUUCCUCUCCUUGGCUCGUUUCUGCUGAUUUUUAGUGUUGAAGAAAGUUUACUUCGUUUUUGGGUUUUUUAAUAUUGAAAUGUUUUUUGGGUGUUUUUGAGCGACGUCUUAACAAGUAGAACUUCACGGAGAUUGAAAAAAAAUGAUCAAAAGCGAGAGAUAAUGCCGUCUGAAGAGAGGGCAGAGAAUUAGAGGCACUAUUACUCUCUGGCGUCUCUUCAAGUCACGUUGUUCUCUCAUCUCAGCCAUCCAAAAUAAUUUUUUUUUAGUUUUUAUCGAUCCGAAACUAUACAAUUUCCAUUCAAAAGAACGUGUCAAGAUGCAAAUUAAGAAAUGACAAAUUACGAUACAAAAGGUGUCGUGAGAGAGGGAGAAAAUGAGGAAAGAGAUGAAAAACGAGUGCCGUUCGUGCCAGGACCCUAAUUGGAAAACCGCUCCCGCCUUAUUUGGCCGUUUUUUUGGUCUCGUCUUCUUUCUUUUAGCCUUCUUCUUUUUUUAAUAAGUCAAUUUCGGGCCCCUUUGACGGGUUUUCGUCACGCUUUGGUGAACUUUUUGGACCUUCUUUGAGCUUUUUCGUGUUCCUUUUUUCGAGUUUUUUGGAUUUUAAGAAGUAUUCGCUCAAUUUUUUGACGUAUUUCCAAAAAAUUCGAAGUUUCAAAAUGGUCUUUUCCCGCCCAAAACCGGCACAUCUUACUAUUUCAGACGAUUUUUUUGAUUUUUUUAGAAAUAUUUUUUUAUAUUCCCUAGUGGAAAUUUAUAACUCUUAGGUUCAAAAAAAGCAGAAAAUCGCUGGACUAUUCUAUAAAAGUCAUGUCGAAAAUCCCAAUUCGAUGCAUUUUGAAAGCUCGCAACUUUUUUGUACUUUUGAUCUUUGGCCCCUUUUGCAAGCGGCCACUUCAACCUGCUCAGCCAAAACCCAACUCUUAUCCCUUUUUUCCGAGUUUUUUUCUUCUUUAAAGUAGGUUUUUCACCGAGUUUUCUGCAGUCAGUCGGGAAAAAAAAGAAUUUGAGAAAAUUUCCAGGAAAAAAUUGAUUUUUCUUGGUCUUUUGUUGUCAAUGAUGUGAAAGAAGCGAUAAAAAUGAAAAAAUAAUUUUUUUUUUGUUCAAUUUCUUAGCCGAAAUGCUAUAGUAUAAUCGAUUUUUAGAGCAUUUUUAAUUUUUAAGGCCGAUUUUUAAGGCAUUUUUGGGCCAAGAAAUGCGUUUUCUCCGUCCAAAAAUAACGAAAUUUUUUCCGACUUUGUUUCUCGAUAAAAUCUUCGUUUUAAAUUUUCCUACAUUGAGUAGGUAGUUGGUUCAUGAUUAAUACACAAAGAAAUAGGAAAAAAAAUGUUAUAAACCGAAAAACAUAAGGAAAAAAAGUCGGAAAGUUCCCCAGCGAUACGAAAACAUCGGAAAAGUCGCCGUUUGAACUUUCGCUGUCUUUUUUUUCCACCCGUUCAUCCUAAAAUAAAUUUUUCCAAGUCAUCAUUUUGAUAGUUUCUUCAUCUCAAAAAAGCUUUUCUAAGCCAAAGUUCUCAAUAAACCAUGGUCUUGGUGACUUUUCGAGUAUAAUUUAAAUUUCUUGUUUCAAAAAUCGCGAAAAAAAUGUGGGUCUUUUUUUCAAAGAAAAAUUUUUCCCAAAGUUAAUUUUUGGCCUCGAAAAAGUUUUUUUGAGCCAAAAUGCUCUUGUGUAUUCGAUUUUUUAAGGCUUAUUUAAUUUUUUUAAGUCCGAUUUUUUUAAGGCAUUUAAAAUUUUUUAUGAUCGAAUUUUAAGCCUAUUUUUGAGCCAAGAAAUGCAUUUUUUUCCCGUCCAAAAAUCAGUUCCGAAGAAAAAUGGAGGUUCGUCAAAAACAAAUUUUUUUACAAGUUAUCCUUUUGAUAACUUUUUUUCGGAAAAAUUUUUCUGAGCCAAAAAUUCUCAAUAAAUCAUGAUUUUUGGUGAGUUUUUCGAGAAAAAAAUUUGAAUUUUUUUCUCUUCAAAAAAAUCGCGAAAAAUGUGGGUUUUUCAGAGAAAAUUUCGUCAGAGAUUUUUUUAACCUCAAAAAGUUUUCUGAACCAAAAUGCUCUAGUACACCCCAUUCUUAAGACUUUUUUGAGAAGAAACAUAAUUUACCCACUCAAAAAUCACUUCCGAGCAAAAAAGUGCGGGUUUCCUCUUGAUAAUUAUAAUGGAUUCGCGGCGAGAAAUGAAAAAAAAUUGUGAAAUAUGGGAAGAUUUUCUUCUUUUUCCUUUUUUCCACACGAGGAAGCUUCUCCUACCAGCCGCCAAUUACACGGCGAAUUUGAAUUCAUUGGGAAAAAAACGGGAAGAAAAACGAAACGCCGUCUUUUUUCUUCCUUUUUCUCCUUGUUUUCUUCUUUUCUGGCGUCAUUUUUGCCUUCUUUCGAAUUGGAAAGUUCAUUCUGGCUGGGAAAAAAAUGAAAGAAAAGGGCUGACCGAAGCUUUUGGUUUAAAAAUAACUUUGAGAUGUUUUCUUUUCCAUUUUUUUUCCUUGAUAAGAUUUUUCGGACCUUUUCCGAUUUUUUCAUCCGCUUUUGGACUGUUUUGGUCCAUUUUCUGAGUCCUUCGGGUAAUCCAAAAAGCUAAAAAGAAUGGAAAAAAAUUGAAUGAAUCAUAAUUUUUAAAAAGCCCAAAAAGUCGAUUUUUUUCUGAUUUUUUUGGUGAUUUUUUUCAAUUUUUUUCAUAUAUCUUUCUGUCAUUUUUUUCUAUCAUUUUUUUGUCAUUUAUUCUGAAAAAAUUUAACUUUUUUAAAAAAAUAUGUGCAACUGAGUUAGUGUGAGCUUGCGCUCCAUGGAUAAAACUUUUUUUCAUAGCUUUUUCCCAAGAAGAUUAGAAUAUUUGGAAUUAUUAAUUUUUGUGAGAAAUUAGAAUUAGAAUGAAACUUCAAAAACCGAUUUUUUUCCAGUUCAUUUUGAUUUGAAAAAAGGGAAGAUUUUUAUUUCAUAAAAAAAAUUCUAUUAAAAAAAGGAUUUAUUUUUCAUUUUUCCAAUAAUUCUACACGUGAAAGCCCAUCACAUGAUUUAACGUCACGUUUUUUUCCAUGAAAACAUUUUUUUAUUUUUGUUUUACAACGCCAUUUUCGUCCUAUAAUCCCUCUCUUGACAGAAAUAAAAGGAAUAUUUUCAAAUUUUCUCGACCGCCCAUCUUUUAUAGUCUCGCAGCGCGAUUUAAUUUUAUGGGGGAAUUUGUGUGGAAUCGGAAUCGGAAUGAAAUGAGAAAUGAGGUUGAGAAAUAAGGUACGAUUUGUCAUGUCGGCCCUGACCUUUUUUGCAUAAUUAUCGGUUGGAAGAAAGAUGUUGCGUUUCCGGAAGCAAGAUUUAUUCGUUUUUAUAUUGGUUCUUUUUUUAAUCUGAAGAUGAUUUUUUUCGAUUUUUUUCAAAGUUACCGGCUGUUGAAGAAGCUUUUUCUUAGCGUUGAAACUUUUGAAAAUCUUAUAAUUUUGACUUGAAUUUUUCUGGAAUAUUUUUUUAUCAAAAAUUAUCUGUUGAUCUGUUAGAUGAAAUAUGAAUAAAGUUGCGACAAUUUUUUUGAAAAAUUUGAUGAGAUUCAGUAGUGUUGAUACUUCUGAAAAUCUCACUUUUUUGACUUUUAUUUUGAGAAAAAAUAAGGGGUUUUCUGAAUUAAUGAAGGAAAAUAGAUCGGUACUUUAUCUCUUGAUGAAAUAAAUGAACAAAUAAAACGAGAAUCGCAAUUUCUAAGGAUUAGAAACCGGGUCUGAUCUGUUGAAAAAUUGGUAAAGAUUUGUGAAAAAUGUUUCUCGGGCACCUCAAAGGUUUUUGAAAGUUUGAGAUUUCUUAUCAGCUUCAGAAUUUUUUUUUUCAAGAGAACUGAUAUUUUCGAGUUUGGCUUUUAAAAAACGCGUAGAGAAGAUUCAUCUCGCUCGGAAAUUCGUAAAGCCAAACGGACGCGCUGCGGACGUUUCUGAGCGAUUCUAGGGAUCACUUAAGAGCUCUGAGGCUCCUAAAGUGGUCACUAGAAGUGCCCCGACACGUCCGAUUCGCGUUACCAACCGAGAGUAUAUGAGAGAGCAACUUUCCAAAGAAAUACUGAACAUAAAGAAAAUAAAAUUAUUGGCUCACUACCCAUUUAUCUUAUCCGAUCACCUGAUCACAAAAGAAAACCAGCUUUAUCCCUGUUCAGUUUCAGGAAUGUCGGUGGACGUCGAGAAAUGCGAGAAGGACGUCUCUUCGCAGCUCGGAAUGCUGUGUCAUCAUUGCUCCACCGCCGACCUCACCUGUCCCAAGACUCAAAAGGUAUUUUGUUUAAUCUGAAGUUAACUGGGAGGCUCAAAUUGUUUGUUCAAGGCUUUAAAAUCCUGUUUAGGUCUUGAUUUUGAGUUUUAUGAAAGGAAAAGCUCAAAAUUUCAAUUUCAGACUGUUAAACUAUCAAAUUUUGAAAAAGGCUAGCAAAAAUUUAUUUCGGACAAAGCUCUGAAUUUGGCGCGAAAGGUGAAAAUUUAAAAGAAUAAAUCAAAAAAAAAAUUAACUACAUUUUGAUUUUUUCUUUUUUAAAACCUCCCAAAAAUGACAGGAAUUCGAAAUCAUGGCUGAAAUUUCCGGGCGCCCGACUUUAAACGGUUUACGCGAUGAAGCAUCUCAUAGCACUCUUUUCCGGCGUUUGAGCCGUUCCACGUCGAUCAAAGCGUUGUUGGGUCAAAAUUUUUGAAAUUUUUGGCGCGAAAAAUAAUUUUUAUAAAAUUUGAAAGUUUUGCCCCUACUUUAUCAGUUUCAUAGCGGGAGAAGGCUCCGAAAUUGAAAUUUUUCAAAAGUUUUGGCGCGAAAAAUAACUAUUCAAAAAGAAAGUCUUGAUUAAAGUUUAUUCUGAAAACAAAAUUUUUUUCAUUAUUUCACCUCAUUAGUGUCAGUAGAGCUAGACCGUGAAAAUUUAAAAUUUUUGGCGCAAAAACUAAACCAUUUGAGAAGAAGGUCGUACUGAAUGGCCUUGCAAACCUUUGGCCAUUUGUCUUCUCUUGAAGAUUCAUUUCUUGCCCAAAAUUUUUUCUUCUGUUUAUUCUCACUCUCACUCUUCCCAACUGUACGGAUCAAUGACAGCUGGUGCACCUGGGCAGGGGCGUCUUGGCCCCCUUUUUUACCUCCUUUUUUGGAUCCGUUUGUUGCGGGCGUCUUCGGGGAGUCCAGGUGUUUUACCUCUUCUUCUUCUUCUUCUUUUUGGCACAUCUUCUUCGGCCUCUUUUAGCUCCGGUUACUUGGAAUGAUUGUGAGUUUUGAGCUUUUGUUGAGAAUUUUUAAAAAUUUUUCUUCCUUGAUAUAUUUUUUUGAAAUAAAAGUUACAAAUCUCAUUCCAAUCCUUUUUCCGAGCUUAAGGUGUUAUAUUCUUCUACAUAGAAGUUGAAAAACAACUGUAAAUUCAAUGUAUUUUGAAAAAUCAACUGUAAAUUCAAUACAUUUUUCCCGGAUUGAUAUUAUUUUUGAAGUAUUUUUCAGCAUUAAACAAGGUUUAUAGCAGUUUUUAAGGAACAAAAAAAGUAUUUAGACAUAAAAAAAAGCAAAAAAACAGCUGAGAAAAAAAUAGCCGCGAGUUUUUACCGACUUGUGCGCUCCCUGGCGAACUUUUGAAGGAAUUUUUUUCACACAGCUUUUUGACGGCUAUAGUCUUUUUUUUCGAGUUUUAUAAUAGUUUUUAUCAGGAAAAAGCUGGAUCUUUGCUGAGAGAAAAUAGCCGCAAUUAUUUUUUUUGACAAGUGCGCUCCAUGGCUAAUGUUUGAAGGAAUUUUUUUUCACACAGCUUUUACCGGCUUUGGUUUCUUUUUUCGAGUUUUAUAUGGAGUUUUGCCCAGAAAAUAGCUAGAUAAUAGUUGCGAAAAAAUGGCCGCAAUUUUUUUUUUCCGACAAAUGCGCUCCAUGGCUAAUUCUCGAAGGAAUUUUUUUGUCACACAGCUUUUUGAGACUUUGGUUUCUCGUUUUGAAUUCUAUAAAAGUUUUACUCAAGAAAAAGCUGGAUUUUAGCUGAGAUAAAAUAGCCGCAAUUUUUUUUGACAAAUGCGCUCCAUGGCUAACUUUCAGAGAAAUGGACUUCUGAAGGGCGAAAAUUGAUCUCGCGGCUAAUUUUUUGCUCACAGAACCUAAUUCAUGUGCCCUUCGGUUGAUACUUCUCAAAAUUUGGCGAUGGAGCGCAAAAGUUCUCUUCGCGGCUAUUUUUUCCUACUUUUCAUGCUCCAUUUUCAAAUUUUCAAUCCUCUCCAAAACGAUCAUUUUCGCCUUCUUCAAGUCGCACUUAUCGGAAAAAGAACUGGUUUUAUGAUUACGACCCGGUCUUUCCAUAUAUGUGAAUGGACUAUAUAACUUCAUCGGUUCUUUUUUUUCUGUUAUUAUCCACCUGGGCGGCCUUCUUUUGAUAGGGACAUUUGCGCCUCGAUGGCCGCGUCUUCGCAUCGUUUCCAACUUGGGGUCGGUUAGGUCUUUUUUGAAGAUUAUUGACCUUAUUUUUUUUUACGUUUUCGGUGACUGUGGGGCUCCACGAAAUCCUGGGAAUGAUCUCAGCUCACGAUUAGACUUUCAAUAAUGACUAAUUUCAUUAGAUGCAGUUUUUCACGCUGAUUCAGAAUCUGUUUUCAGAAAUUACUCAGCAUGUCUGCGAAAAAAGUUACGGGCUCUCAAAGUUUGAAAAGUUAUCUUUGUUCCAAGAAAAAGACCGUCUUUAGGAGCUUCAGAGUGGCCCCUAUAGGGGCUCUCGGAUAGUUCCCUUUAGGGGUCACUUUAACGACCCCUAUAGGAGCCACUGCAGCUUGCAAAGUGGUCUCUAUAGGGGAGAGGCUAGUCGAUAAUUGUUAUGAACUCUAAGAAAAAAAGAUUUCCAAGGGAAAACUUAAAAAUAAGCGUUUUUUUAAUGAAAUUGAAAAACCCUAUAGGGUCCACUUGAGGUUUAAGGACGAAGGGGUCCGACCCUAAACCCUAUAGGGACCACCUUGAUUUUACUCCUAUAGGGACCACUUUUUCGGCCUCAAUAAGGGUUGUCUUUACCCCGAACCCUUAUAGGAACCACACAGGAAUUCCUAAGGGGGUCUGAAAUGAACUGGCCAAGAUAAUAACAAAAAAUCGAUUGUUCCGAUAGUUUUUUGAGUCAAGUUUUAUACUUUCUCAAAGUCAAGAACGGACCAAUUGCCCACAGUUUCUUGGUUGAAAAGAAACCUGGUCUCUACAGAAUUUUGAAAUUUUCCAUUCUUCAGGAGCUCCGAUCGCCGUCGGUACCGUCGCUGUACUCGUUGGCCCAGUCGGACGUCUCCGGCGAGGCUCUGUGUCGGAUCUGCCAUUGCUGCUGGCCUCCCGACUCCAAUGAUCCUCUCAUUUCGCCGUGCAGGUGCUCCGGCUCCCUUCAAUAUGUCCACGUGUCAUGUUUGAUGGUAUGUUAUCAUUAUUGAUUGAUAAUUUUGAAAAUUCGAAAUUGGAAGUGUACAUUCUAACAAAGCGAUAUUUUUGAAUCGUGAACAAUAUUUUUCUGAAAUAGUAGUUUGAGAUAGCUAGUUGAAUUUUUGAAAAAUUGGUUUAGAAAAUUCUAGAGAUUUUUUUGUGUAAUCAUUACACGUUUUCGGAGACCAUAGCGCAAAAAAAAUAAAAAAAUCGGUCAAAUAUUUUUUUCUUUGAUUUUUUUAAUGGGUUCUCUCUGAACUUGUUUGAAGAUCCCUUGUUAUUUCCAAGUUCAGCGAUUUUUUUACUUAUUAUGAUUAUGUUUGAAAAUGAUUACUCUGGAUCGCAAAUUCUGGACACCGACAUAAAAAAAUAUACAUCGAAGUCUGAACCUCUUCUUUUCGCCUACUGUUUCAAGAAUCUUCUGGAACCCAUGUUUAAUUUUUUUUUUCCGGCUUUUUUUUUAAAAGAGGAAAUUUUUACCAGUAUGUUAAGAAUACUAAUUGGCACAACUCCAAGAAGUUUCAAGAUUUUUUUGAACUCAAAAGGAGAAAGUUAUAAUAAAAAAAAUGUCUUUUUGUAACUUUUUUUGACACAACAUUUUUUUGAAGAAAAAUAUAUUUUAUGAUCAACUUAGUAAUUCCAGAGUGGUCCCUAUAGGGGUUAAGGUGAAAACAGCCCCUAGAGGGGCCAAAAAAUAGUCCCUACUGGCCAAAGUGGUCACUAUAACGGCUCGCCAAUGACUAUUUGGAAAAGACACUAAAGUGGCCACUAUUUUCCGUUUUAGUGGCCACUUUAGUAGUUUUUCAUCCAGUAUUCCUUCCAGUAACUCUUAUAAUUUUGAAAAAAGUAGAUUGGACCAGUUAUGUUGAUCCAUUGGCCCCUAAAGUGGCCACUAAAAUUUUUAGUGGUCUAGUAGUAGCACUUAGACCUCUAUAGUGGCCACUAAUUGUUAACCCCUUAAGAGGCCUCUAACUUGACUACUAUAGUGACCACUAAAACGUCAAAAACCUAUAAUGGCCACUUAAAAUUUUCCUAGUGUAGAGGUAAAAUCAAGGUGGUCCCCAUUGGAGUUUAGGGUCUGAAGGUUGGUAAAGUGGUUGAAGACCUUAGAGGGGCCCUCCAAGGGUCCCUAAGGUCGCCCCUAUAGGGAUCACUCUGGAGUUCCUAGGAACGUCCCGAAAUUCGUUGGGAAUGCCGGAAGAUCGGGCUUCAUUUAUACGAUUUUUAUUGACAGCGUUUCCUUGUGAAUGAAUAAACUAUCAUCCUAGAUAUUAAAUAUUUUUCAGCACUGGCUGGACAUUUCCUCGCGGAAACUCCACCGACCGGCCGUCUGCGAACUCUGCCUGUACAAGUACAGACGGCGCCGCGUCCUCAAGGUAGUGUACUGCAUCAUUUGUCACAUUUCAUUAGGUUUCCACGCCUCGUUGGGCUCGAUUCGAGUCGAUUUAGGCGCGGUUUGGAUGGAUUGAAAUGGAUUGAGGGUUUUUUUUGAGAAAGAAGAUUCGGUUGGGUCGCAUUUGGAAUGGUUUUUUGGGGAUCUAGGGAUGAAUAUGACGGUAAAAAGACCAAAUUAGAAAGCUUUUCAUUUCCAGUAGAAAAUUGUAUUAUCUUCGAAGCUUUUCGACGUAGGAUUCGAUAAUAAACAAAUCAAUAAAAAAAAGAAAUGAAAUGAGAGAAUUUUAGCAAAAAAAAGUAUUGGAAGAUAGAAAUGCAUUUCCUUCUCCUUAUACGUUUCUGGCAGAGUUCAAAUGUUCAGACUAAAAUUUUGAAUCAAUAUUUUUUUUAAGGCGAGUGGUGAAGCAGUUCCAAUUUCUGGGUUAUUCAACCUUUUUUUUACCAGUUUAAUUUGAAGUCAAAUAAAAGUUGAAAAUCAUUUAUUACCUGUACUGAACGGUAUCAUCCCUUUUUUCUGUUGCCUUUUAUUUUUUUUUUCAGAAUUUUCCGCCACUUUUUUAUUUUCUUCUUCAUUUUUGUACCAUUAGAGGUUGACGGUUGAAAUUACUAGAAACAAGGUGAAGAAAUAAUUUUUACCCCUGAGAGCGUUUAUUGCCAAAAAACAAACUUUGAACUCACAAGGAAAUUUUAUUUCUUUCACUUUGUGGUUGGAAUGUUUUUGAAAAUUGACCAGGGCACUCCUGGACGUACUAGAUGAAGAUGAUAAAAGUCUAAACUUGCAAAACUUUCUAGUUUCAAAAAUCUGAAGACGCUAAGUACCAAAAUGGCCUAUUUUAACGGAUUUCGAGUGUUUUCGUAGGCUAUCAGUUUUGAAAAAAUUAAUAAAUUGUGCAGGUUAGGAAGGCUAUCCAUCUGUUAGAUCAAGAAGUGUUCUGGCCAAUUUUCAAGGAAAUCCCAGCCGCAAAGUAAAAUAAUGACCCCCCGGGGCUUUUGUUGACAAAAAGUGAACUAAAUUUUGAACUCAGGAAGGUUCUUUGUAGUGAGAAGACUCUGGAGAAUGGUCUACAAGAAUUUUUUGAAAUAAGGACAAAGGUGAAUCGGGAGGUUGAGGCAAAUAGCUACCGGGUAGCUAUUUAUCAGCUACUUUCAUGGUAGCGGAAAGCGUACGCUGGUCUGGAAUGAUACAUGUUAGCAUCGCGAUACCUCUCCGGUAGUAUCCAUGUACCAUAGAGAUAGUACCCGAUCGCACUAAAACAACCACCGAUUACCAUACGUCGAUUGACUUUUUUCAAAAGCUGCUACCCGGUACCUACUUGUAUACCUACCCGAUUGACCAGUGGAAGAAUGUCUAUAAAUGGUCUGACCUUGGGUUAUCUCACCUGUGGAUGAGUAUAUCGAAUAAAUGAACCUUUUACAGUACCGCGAGAUGAAGCUCCCGCAGUGCGCCGACCGCGACGUCCGCUACUACACGAUCUUCGUUUUCGCAAUAAUCAUGAUGUUCCUGUCGGCCUUCGCGACGAUCGCCUGCUUUCAGAUCGAGAAGAGCAACGCCAGUCGGUCGGUUUUUCGAUUCAAAGUUUUUGAAGAAGCAUAGGUGAUUCUAUAGCUUAUUUGGGGGCAGAGAGCUAUUUUCAGAUAAAUAAACGAUGACGUCACUCCCGUUUAUAGUCUGCUCAGAUUUUUAAUGUCAAGUGCAAUGACGUCAUUCAAAAACACUCUGUGGAUGGCUCGCUCUUUGAUUGGUUUAUUGCACGAUUGGGGGCGGAGCUUGACAUUCAAAAUCUGAACAGACGAUAUUAGUGACGUCAUUUCAAAAAUGUUCCAGUAAGCCUCUAGGACGGCGAAAAGGUGUUUUUAGUGUUGCACCAGGUCAUAAGAGGCCAAAAAAGCCAAAAAAAUAAGUUUUUAACAGUCUGCACCUUUCCUGAAGACGUUUGCGAUUCACCUGAAUUUUCCAAAAUUUGAACAAAGCAUGAUUGAAGGAUGAACUCGACGACGGUCCCGGCACCGCUGUCUAUUCUGGCGACGUCGAGUCCGGGCGCCGUGGCGCCGGCGGCGGUCAACGACUCCAGAAAACGUCCCCACGACAUCAUAACGUCAUCAUCCGAGCCGAGGACGACGGGAGGCGAUGAAGGAGGCCUUCUAUCCACCAUCACCCUCGUCGCCGCCAUGGUCUUCUUCCUCAGUUUCUUCCUCGCCAUGUACGCGCAUGUCAAGGUGAGAUCUCUAGUUAAUUAAGUAAGGUAAGAGUCAUACCUAGCUUCCUUUCCCUGAUGAUAGUAUCACACAAAACGAAUUGCCAGAAAAAUUAUGAUACAAUGGUCGCAUUUGGAAUGGCUCGGGCUGCAGUAGAUUGAGUCCAGGUUGAUUUGAAGUUCCGAUGCUUCCGAGCGCAAGCCGUUUCAAGUCGGGCGCAAUUUGAAACUUCCGACCCUUGCAAAGAUAACAUAUCUAAGUCAAUUGACAUGGAUAAAAUUGUAUAAGGCGAGGAAAAAAAUUGGGAUUUUUAAAAUAUGUUGAAUAAAAAUAUGACUAUCGUUCUUUUUCUACAUGAUAUGUCAAGACUCGUCUUUUUUUCAAAAAUUCCUUCUUUUUUAACUUCUGUAACUAUUCUAAAGAAGACUCCAGUUUCAGCAACUUUUCAAGAUGGUUUGUUCCAAAAAAUGAUGUUCAAUGAUUCAUUCUCAAAGAUUAACAUUGUCUCGAUCCUUCCAUGUGAACCUUUGAAGUUGUUUAACAUGAGCAAUACGGUCUGAAAUUGAUUUUCACCCCCCGGUGUGACCUUUCUUUUCGGACCUGGCGCGUCGCACCUUCAAAUUAGAGAUGUUCCCUUUUUUCCCCCGUCGUUUUGUCUCUUUUCCCACCUGGCCGCAAUUAAGUACGUUCCAACGCAGGUGGCAAUACCGUCAGAAUCGCCAGUUUUUAGGCUGGUUUUUUGAAAAUUUCGGCGAGAAGGGAAGUCUGGUCUGGAAAUUGGCUUGUUUUUAAACUAGAAUGUAUUCAAAGUCUUAUCAUUGAUAACAAAGAAUAAAUUUCCUUUAGGGACCCUCAAAAGGUACUGAAAAAAAGGUUCCGCUAAGGGGCCAAAUAAUGAUGGGCAAAAGCCUUUUUUUUGAACCGCCUGGAAUCUUUUUAAUUGUUUUUCAUCCAAUUUUUCAAAAGUAAAGUCAAAAAAAUGUAAAGUUUAAAAAAAAGAUCCGUUGGGAACCCUUCAAAAGGUCUUUUUAUCGUGUUGGAAGGACCGAUUUCGGCAUUUCUCAAGCCUAAUUUCUAGAAAAUUUUCGAAAAAACGCUUGAAAAUCAUAUUUAAAACUGAAUUUUUCCUGGAAGACUGUAACGUGUCGGAAAGUUGGAAUUUGUACGUUUCAGAAUUUUUUCAAAAUUGUUAACUUCUGAAAACGACAUUAAUCGAAGAUUCCAUACGUUAUUAUAUGUACUUGAUCUAUUCAGUAAAAUUAAUUCCAAGAGCAAACUUUUUCGAUAAAAAGUACAGUAUAAGGGAUAAAAUGACGUCAUAAAAGUGGUAAAUGACGUCAUAAAAACAUGGUCAAUGACGUCAUAAUUUAGAAGUAAGGGACCAUGAGCUCUGAAAUAGUUUCAAGUUUGGGUUUUUUUUUAAGGUAAACUAAAGAUUUUUGAGCUGAUGGGAAUUUUGAUGGCGUCAUUAGUUUCAAAAAAAAAAAAAAUUAUGUAGGCAAAUUUUUUGAAAAAAUAGGAAAUUUGGAAGUUUUUCAUAAGGCUAAAAAUUUUAAAAUACUUUCUUUGUCCCCCAACAAUCAGGCCCCCGCCGCAAAAAGUAGCAUCCAGGAACGAAUUAUGCAAAUUUUCGAGGGGUUGUUUACGCAUCGGCGGCCUAGGAUCCCAAAUAAGGAGGCCCCCUGAAUCCGGUAAAACGAGACAUUUCUGUGGACGCACCUGUUUCCGGGGGCAUGCCGUCCAAAUCGCCUUUUUGUGGCCCGGGGUUUGUAUUUUACGGUCGGCGACAGGUGCCGCAAAAUAUGGUCGUUUCUUUUGAUAUUCUGUUUGUACCGAUCUGAGAUUAUUGGUAGAUAUUUUCAAAGAUUUGGAAGUUUGAGACUUUUUGAGAGCUCCUGGCGUUUAUUGUGAAUGAAACGGAGAGAUGGAUGCUUUCUGUAGAUUCUAUAAGAUGAGCAAUAAUAAGCAAUGCUGAGAACUUUUUGUGGAACAGGAAUCAUGGGGAAUUUCGGAGAUUUCUAAAUGAUGUGAGGAAUUUUUUCGGUUUUUACUUGAGAGACCUGUAGAUUCUAUAAGAUGAGCAAUAAUAAGCAGUACUGAGAAAUUUUGAUUUUCGCGGGUGACAGGAAGCUAAAUUUUGAAAUGUCUAAAUGAUGUAAUGGAUCUUUGUCGUAACUUGAGAGGAAAAAUCAGAUCGAUAGGAGAAUCUUAUAAUAUGAGCAAUGAUAAGCAAUGCUGAAAAAUUCGCGUUCUUCCGAGUCACAGGAAACUAAAUUUGGAGAUUUCUAGAUGAUGUAAUGAAUCUUUGUCGUUUCUUGAGAGGAAAAAUCAGAUCGAUCUUAUAAUAUGAGCAAUGAUGAGCAAAACAGAAAUUUUUCGAUCUUCAUAUAAAGCCUACCUGUGCAGUUAAAGCAGUACUUUUGCAUUUUUUUAUUUUUUUCAACUCGGCUUUUUUCUUAUAAAAAUUAGAGAGUGUGUAAAACAAAGAGAAAAAGAGAGACACAGAAAGCUGAACCUCCUCGAUUCCUGUACUCUCUGGCUUGAUCUGAAAGAAGCGAUGGAAAGGAGUAACUUGGAGCUGUAAUAUGAGACGUUUUGAGGCUCAAAAGAGAGAGAUAAAAUAACGACUAAAGUCAUAAUUUCAGUCCGGGCUGAGCUUCUGCAGCUACCUGACGCUGUGUUGGAGCUCGAACUUGGAAUGGUCGAUCGAGGAGUACAAACAUUCACGCGACACGCAGUACUCCAACAAGCUCGAGGAGCUCCGGCGCAAGAUCAAUGGUGAUCUUUUGAAUUUAUCAUGACAAAAAAGGGAUCUUCGCUUUAGAAGUCAUGGAAUUUAUUCAGAAUGCAAAGUCGGAAUAGUGGAUAAUGGCCGCUAAAAGGGAGAAGCUCAAAGAAGGCUGCAGAAAUGUAGCAAAAAGGUAGCAAAAAGGGUCCCUUUAUCGAGCCUUCCACUUUUUUUUUGAGUUUUUAAAGGCUCAAGAAAUGGUGGAUUUUUUUGCUGCCUAGGGAAUGGCAGCAAAAAGGCAGCAAAAAAGGAAACUUUCUAUAGAGCCCUUUUUCACCCUUUCCGACUUUGCAUAGGUGCUUAAAAUUGCCGGAUUUCAAUAUUUUAAUUAUUAAAAAUUUUUGUUUGACGUGGUUCAAUAUUCAAGCGUGCACUUGGAAGUCAGAUAGUUGAAAAAAAUUUUUUUCCUGAAAGUUGGUCAGAAAACUCCUUGAAGUACCAGAAGGAGAUUCUCAGAGUUUCAACCUUCAAAACUUUCUAGUUUUCGAGAAAUAAGGGCCUAAAAUCUCAAAAUAGCUCGUUUUAUGAGUUUCCUUUGACUUUGAGGCGUCUUUUCCCAAAAAUGAGGAAGUUUUGCAGAUUGAAACUUUCAAAAUCGUCUUCUGGUACAUCCAGGAGCGUUCUGACCAAUUUCAGGAAAUUCCCAACCGCAAAUUAAAAUGACAUUCCUUGUAAGAACUUGGCCAAGAAUGUGCUCAAAAUUUCUAUUCAGAACAUCUUAGUCUUUGUAAAACUCUUUUUUUCUUUUGAAGUGAGAAUUUUAAUCGGUUCAGUUAGGUUUUCAAAGUCAUGAUAAGUCAUCCGAACAAUUUCAAGCCAGAAAAAAUCUAUGCGAUUUCAAUCGGGGCUCAAAAUUUCCCAAAAUGAACCCAAGGCUCAUAAUUCCGCGCACAUGUUUGGUGGGUCAUUGUGAGGGCGAUGUUUGGCGAAUCUUUGGCGGCUGAAGCUGAGCUAAGCCUCCCUUGCAAUAAGCCUCCAAACAAACGUCUUUUGCCCUCGAGUAACACAAAUAUGUAGGAUUGAGCCUCGGUUCCAUUUUUAGAAGACUGCGAUUUUUUUUCAAUUUGAGCCGCGCUGAAAAUAGCGCCGUUAUGAAGUUUCAUUGAAAAAGAGUUGAAUGCUCAAACUAUCAGAAAAAAUACCAUUUUUUUCAAUUUUGCUCAUUUUAAGCCGUGCUGAAAAUAGCGCCGCUAUAGAGAUUUAUUGAAAAGUGCUGAAAGACCAUUUAUUCAAGUUUUAGAAGAUUUGAGAUUUUUUUUUUCAGUUUGAGCCGGCCUGAAAAUAGCGCCGCUAUAAAAAAAUCAUUGAAAAAAUAUUGGAAGCUCAAAAUUACAGGAAAAAUACCAUUUUUCCAAUUUUUCAUUUUGAGCCGCGUUAAAAAUAGCACCAAGAAAACGAUACAUGUGAAUUACAGGAAAAAGAAAAUUUAGCAAUUAUUUAGAAUUUGACCUCGUUAAAAUAGCGCCGCGGGAAAGAAAAAGAUUUUUUUACAUUUUUAAAAAGCUACUUUUUUUAAAGUUUUUUUCAUAUUUUAGCCUCUUAAAAAAACGCUGAAAAAAAUAUUUUUAACCAGAUUUUCGUGCAAAAAAAUAAAAAAAGGGAAAAAAAUCUUUCUUCAAUUUUAAUUUUUUUAGAAAAGCAGAAAAAGCGCCAGAAGAGGUGGAACCUCUGCGAAGCUCUGUGA